AGACCCGGAAAGUUAUCUGAUUUGUUACCAAAACCUUAUCCAAACGAAGAAGCUGCUCGUUACGCAAAUGGUGGUGCAUACCCACCAGAUUUGACUUACAUUACUCAAGCUAGAAUAGAUGGAGAGAAUUAUAUCUUCGCUUUGUUGACUGGUUAUAUGGACCCGCCAGCAGGAAUUACAUUAGCAGAGAAUCAACACUAUAAUCCUUAUUUCCCUGGUGGUGCUAUCGGAAUGGCUCAAGCUCUAUAUGAUGAGAUUAUUGAAUAUGGUGAUGGUACUCCAGCUACUCAGAGUCAGUGUGCAAAAGAUGUUAUCACAUUCUUAAAAUGGUGUGCAGAACCAGAACAUGAUACUAGAAAAUUAUUUGCCAUGAAAGCAUUUACUAUCUUAGGCGUGCUCAACUUGGUAGUUUGGUACCUGCAUAGACAUUAUUGGUCAGUGUUGAAGAAUCGAAAGAUAUUACAAAGUCCAUUGUUCAAAAAGUAAACAAUCCUAAGCUAGUAGUAAAACUUAUGAUAUCUUUUUUUGUUUAAACAUCAUAUGUUGAUUUUAUUGUUCAAGUUCUAUCUAAAAAAUGUUCAUUUUUUAUAAGUUCACUUCUACAAUAAAAUUUGUGAAAUUGUUUAUCAAAAAACUAAUUUUCUAGAGCAAAUUCCUGUUUCACUGACCAUACUAUACAGAAGCAUUAACUUUGAUUACUACUAGUAAUUAGUAUUCCUAUCACUCCAUUAUUUGUUCCAAUAAUGACUUUGUACAUGAUUUAUUAUUAUAUAACCUUAAGGUAUACAACUGUUACAAUUAAAGUUUAAAAAAUAAUCC